CUUCCUGUCGGCGCCGGAAGCAGGGCUGUGACAUCAGAGCGACGCGGAGGUCAGGAACCCUCUCUUACAGCCAUCUUGGAUCCUGUGGCCUGAACUAUCCAGAAUGCCAGGCGAAGCCACAGAAACUGUCCCUGUUACAGAGCAGGAGAUGCAGCAGCCCCAGGCGGAGACGGCCACACCUGCUGCUGCGGCUCCUCCUCCCUCUCAGGCAAAGCCUAAAGAAGGCAAAACUAACCCCAAGCUGUCCUCUUCUCCUCACACCACCGCUCCUAAGCCAGUUCCUGCUGAACGCAGGAAACGCUCCUCUCUGUCUGCCUCCUCAAACUCCCCAACCUCUCCCAAAUCUGCCUCUGGCCCUCGUGCUACCCCCCCAUGCUCCCCUUUGGCCUCUCCUCCAGCUGUCUCUUCUGUAGCUGGGAAAGCUGAGCAGACUGCUCCCAAGGUGAUAAAGGCUGGCAAACAAGGGAAGCAACAGAAAGCAAAGAAUUUUAAACCUGCUGAACCUGAGCAGGCACCUCCCUCUGCCUCUAAGCCUGCUCAGGAGCCUGCACCAGUUGCAGCUCUGCCGUCUCUUGCUAUACCAUUACAAGAGGAAGCUAAACCAGCAGGAGAUGGAAAUGCUUCCCCUGUCUCUCCCAAAGUUGCUGUGGCUCCUGUUGCCUUUAAAGUAACUUCUAAAUCUGCUGCCCCAGCACCAAAGUCAUUUUCAGAAGCUGUGGCCACCAGUCCGCCCAAAGUGGCUGAAGCCCCCAAGGUUGCCUCUGAAGCUCCAAAAGUAGCAACCCCUGUUGUUUCAGAAGCCAAGACUCUCUCGCCUUCAAAAGCAGCUGCCAAGCCUGGCUCUGCCCAAGUGCCAAAUAUGAACCCAGCCACUGCUGCUCCCCCAAAAUCUGCUCCUGCAGUGUUUAAGGAUGAUGAUCUCCCACCUCUCUUACCACCUGAGAAUCCUUUUACAAUGCCUACUUUCCCCCCCAUGCCACCUAGUGCAAUGCCUGUAGUUACCCUAACAGCUCCCAAAGCAGAAGCUGUCUCUACCAGUAAAGUUGAAUCUGGCCCUGCCCCUAAAGCUAAGGCUGCUCCUAAAACUAAGCCAGCUCCUAAGGUUGAACAGAAAGCAGCACCUGCCCCAAAAAUUGAGGCUGCAUCUAAAGUUGACCCUAUUCUCACCCCUAAAUAUGAGCCUAAUCCUACCCCUAAAGUUGCAGUUGCUUCUGCCCCUAAGACUGAGGCUGUUCCUAAACCUAAAGCUCAGGCUGCCCCUAUUGUUGAGGCUGCUCCUGCACCUAAGGUUGAGGCGGCUCCUGCCACUAUAGUUAAGCCUGCUGCUGCUCCUAAAGCUGAGGCUGCCCCUAAGGUAGAGGCUACUCCUGCACCUAAAGUUAAGUCUGCCCCCAGCCCUAAAGCCGAGCCUGUUCCUGUCACUAAGGUUGAGGCUGCCCCUAAAGUUGACUCUGUCCCUACCUCUAAGGUUGUGGCUGCUCCUGCCAUUAAAGUUAAGCCUGUUGCUGCUCCUAAAGCUGAGGCUGCCCCUGCCGCUAAAGUUAAGCCUGUUGCUGCUCCUAAAGCUGAGGUGGCGGUGGCUGCUAAAGUUGAGGCUGCUCCUGCCCCUAAAGUCGAGCCUGAGCCUGCCCCUAAAUUUAACCCUGCUCCUGCUCCUAAAGCUGAGUUUGCCCCUGCUCCUAAAGUUAAGCCUACCCCUGCUUCCAAAGUUGAGGCUGCUGCCCCUAAAGUCGAGGCCGCCCCUACCCCUAAAGCUGAACCUGUCCUUGUCCCUAAAGUUGAGCCAGUCCCUGUUCCCAAGCCAGUUAAAGCCCCAUCAAUACUGGAACCAGUCAUCAAGAACGACAAGGGGUCUGGCACUGAAUCUGACAGUGAUGAAUCGGUUCCUGAACUGGAGGAGCAGGACUCUGCACAGACACAAACACAGCAGGCACAGCUUGCAGCUGCAGCUGAAAUCGAUGAGGAACCUGUCAGCAAAGCGAAACAAAGCAGGAGUGAGAAGAAAGCCAGGAAGGCCAUGUCCAAAUUGGGGUUGAGACAAGUUGCUGGUGUUACUAGAGUAACCAUUCGCAAGUCUAAGAACAUUCUCUUUGUCAUUACCAAACCAGAUGUCUACAAAAGUCCAGCUUCAGAUACUUACAUUGUCUUCGGUGAGGCCAAGAUUGAAGAUCUGUCCCAGCAAGCCCAGUUAGCAGCUGCAGAGAAGUUCAAGGUUCAAGGAGAAGCCGUUUCAAACAUCCAGGAAAACACACAGACGCCCACAGUACAGGAGGAGAGCGAAGAGGAAGAGGUUGAUGAGACUGCUCCUACCUCUAAAGUUGAGGCCGCUCCUGCUACUAAAGUUAAGCCUGUUGCUGCUCCUAAAGCUGAGGCUGCCCCUGCCGCUAAAGUUAAGCCUGUUGCUGCUCCUAAAGCUGAGGUGGCGGUGGCUGCUAAAGUUGAGGCUGCUCCUGCCCCUAAAGUCGAGCCUGAGCCUGCCCCUAAAUUUAACCCUGCUCCUGCUCCUAAAGCUGAGUUUGCCCCUGCUCCUAAAGUUAAGCCUACCCCUGCUUCCAAAGUUGAGGCUGCUGCCCCUAAAGUCGAGGCCGCCCCUACCCCUAAAGCUGAACCUGUCCUUGUCCCUAAAGUUGAGCCAGUCCCUGUUCCCAAGCCAGUUAAAGCCCCAUCAAUACUGGAACCAGUCAUCAAGAACGACAAGGGGUCUGGCACUGAAUCUGACAGUGAUGAAUCGGUUCCUGAACUGGAGGAGCAGGACUCUGCACAGACACAAACACAGCAGGCACAGCUUGCAGCUGCAGCUGAAAUCGAUGAGGAACCUGUCAGCAAAGCAAAACAAAGCAGGAGUGAGAAGAAAGCCAGGAAGGCCAUGUCCAAAUUGGGGUUGAGACAAGUUGCUGGUGUUACUAGAGUAACCAUUCGCAAGUCUAAGAACAUUCUCUUUGUCAUUACCAAACCAGAUGUCUACAAAAGUCCAGCUUCAGAUACUUACAUUGUCUUCGGUGAGGCCAAGAUUGAAGAUCUGUCCCAGCAAGCCCAGUUAGCAGCUGCAGAGAAGUUCAAGGUUCAAGGAGAAGCCGUUUCAAACAUCCAGGAAAACACACAGACGCCCACAGUACAGGAGGAGAGUGAAGAGGAAGAGGUUGAUGAGACUGGAGUGGAGGUCAAGGACAUCGAGCUGGUCAUGUCACAGGCCAAUGUAUCCAGGGCAAAGGCUGUGCGCGCACUGAAGAAUAACAAUAACGAUAUUGUCAAUGCUAUUAUGGAAUUGACGAUGUAGAUGGAAAUCAGGGACUGGGUCACAUUAAGAUGUUGCUGAUUUGAUCUACACUAUUGUUUGUACAAUUUAUACCCAAGAGAAAUAAAGGCGUGGCUUGAUGAAAUGAUA